GUUUACACACCAAACUUUACAUCAAUCGGUUAUGCGUUGGUGGAUUAUAAAUCUGACAAAUCAGAAGAACCCUCCGAUUGUUCAAAAACAACUACUGAAUUUAUUCUUUUUAACUGUAGAGAUAGUAAUACUGUGGUGGAUAACAAGCACAACAGAUUAAAUGUAUCUGAACAUACUUUUUCUAACCAAGACUAUGUCAAUAUUAUGAUAGAUAAUAAAUUUGAUAGAUUAGAUGAACUAUCUAGUUCUUUGAAAUUGGUCUCUGACCCUAUCUUACUUAACCAGGAAGACCUUAAUGCCAUUGUGGAUAGUGAUACUGAUGAAUCUGAUGAGCCGUCUAACUUUUUAAAAUUAACUUCUAGACGUACGUUUCCUAAUUGGAAUGAAUUCAAGAAUUGGAUACACCAAUUUGUAUUAAAAGAGGGAUUCAAUUACAAGACUAGAACAAGUGAAAUAGUUCAAGAU